ACGAUGACUUUGAAUCCAUUGCAAACGUCUCGCACGUCGCUUUUAUCGCACUCUUUUUGGUGCUGACUACGUCGCUUCAUCGGGGCACACGUAUGACAUAUAAAUAUUGCUGGAUCGGUGAAAAGAAAACGGCGAUAUGUCAGACACGAUUGAGCAAGUCUGUCAAAAAAUGGCCAGCCUUCAGCUCAAGGGGCUGACAGCAGAGGACGAAUUCCCAGAUCUCAGUCAACACAACAACCACAUGGCCAAGUUCUUAAACAUGGACAUGUACAAGACUCUGAGGGAGCGAACCACCCCCAACGGCUUUACUAUAGACCGUGUCAUCCAGACAGGGGUGGAUAAUCCAGGUCACCCCUUUAUUAUGACGGUGGGCUGUGUGGCUGGGGAUGAGGAGUCAUAUGAGGUCUUCAAAGAGCUGCUUGACCUUGUCAUUGAGGACAGACAUGGAGGGUACAAACCGACAGACAUGCAUAAGACUGACCUCAACCCAGACAACCUCAUGGUAAAGGAUCACAUCAACGAACAAAGGUGUUUUAGUUUUAUCACAAAUACCUGUUGCUUAAAGGGGGGCGAUGACCUCGACCCGGAAUAUGUUCUGAGCUCCCGAGUUCGAACUGGCCGCAGUGUCCGCGGCUUCUGCCUGCCGCCACUCUGCAGAAGAGGCGAGAGACGUGCAGUGGAGAUGCUCUCCAUCGAAGUCCUGGGUUCACUCACUGGAGACCUGCAGGGGAAAUACUAUUCCUUGAGAGACCUGUCAGAAGCUGAGCAGCAGCAGAUGAUUGACGAUCACCUGCUGUUUGACAAGCCAGUGUCUCCUCUCCUGCUGGCCUCAAGAAUGGCCCGUGACUGGCCCGAUGCCAGAGGAAUCUGGCAUAACGACAACAAGACAUUUUUAGUGUGGGUGAAUGAGGAGGACCAUCUACGAGUGAUCUCCAUGCAGAAGGGUGGAAACUUGAAGGAAGUGUUUACUCGUUUCUGCAAAGGGCUCACAGAGAUUGAAUCUUUGUUCAAGAACAAAGGUUUUUCUUUCAUGUGGAAUGAGCACCUCGGCUACAUCCUGACUUGCCCAUCCAACCUGGGCACCGGUCUUCGCGCUGGUGUGCACGUGAAGCUACCAAAUAUGAGCCAACACCCUGAGUUCGAAGAGGUCCUAAAAAGGCUGAGACUGCAGAAACGUGGAACUGGUGGAGUGGACACUGAUGCUGUGGAUGGAGUCUUUGACAUCUCAAAUUCUGACAGACUGGGCUUUUCUGAGGUGGAGCUGGUGCAAAUGGUUGUCGAUGGUGUCAAGUUGCUGGUGGAGAUGGAAAAGAAACUGGAGGCAGGAGAGACCAUCGAGGAGCUGAUGCCUGCCCAGAAGUAGAACGACCCUGCCUCAAAAUCCUUUAGAAUGUGAUUAAAUGACUGCCCACCCGUGUGCAUUGUCAUCAUUUCUUUUUGUUCAUGAAUGUGUAUUAAAACCUUUCAGCAUAGA